GCGGUGGAGGCUCAAAACCGUUUUGGGCCUUAAAGUCGUCACUCAUUCAAACCCCACUUGCAUUUCUUCCUAUCCGUUUCCUUUUCCAUCGCUAUAUCGUGUGCUUAAUUAUCUUCUAUAGGUUUAAUCUACUCAUCAUCCUACGUAAUUCUCUGCAACAGAGAGAGAGAGAGAGAGAGAGAGAGAGAGAAGGAUUCGAAUCUUCUUGUUUACUGCUCCAAACUCGGAAAUCAAAGAGAGGAGAAUUUAUUGGGAAGGAGAAGGAAUGUCGAGCAGUAGUAGCGGCAAAAGGGCAGCAGCACUGCAGAAGGACGUGCCAUGGAGGGCUUCCCCAACAGGGAAGCCAGUCCCCAAAAUCCACCACUCUCCUGUUCUUCGCCUCCCCCUAAACCCUGACUCCCGUUACGGUCUUGCUGUCAUGAAGCACCCAGAUCCUAUCGGUGCAGGGUUCGCGAUGGAAGCUAGACUUGAAGCUGCUGGACCAGAUUGUGUCGUGCCCGGUCAGAUUACACCCUUUCGCUUACUCGGUCUUCAGGUGUGGCCUAUUAAUAUCAACAUGAAAUUUAUGGAACCAGUUGAUCGGGAACUUAGGAACAUUGGGAAGUUCAUGGAUUCAGCUUUCAACCUUAUGAAUGCAUCAUUUACGGAGCGUUAGGGUGUUGGUUGUCGGAUGAGCAGCACGUUCUCUGUGAUUUAACUUCAUCAGGUAGUUGUCAGCAGCCGCAUUAUAUGCAGCAGAGUCUUGAGGGUCUCCUUUUUGUUUUGUGUUCUUGACCAUGGCCCCUGAUGUCCAUGCAAAAGACUUGUUUAUUUAAUACCAUACAUGAGGAGAAGUUUCUGUAGUAGCUCGUGUAAAGAUAUGUUAUCCUGAAAUUUGUAUCCUGGGCGAAUAAAUUUUGUUCUGUUUCUUGAAUACCUCAAAUCAUCUGAGGCCUUGAAUCUAUUUGCAACUCUUGAGUCGUCUUUGAACUGCA